AUGUUACUCAAUCAGUACAGCUUUCCAAGACACUUAGGUGAUAUGUCUAUACUUUUUGAAAUGAGUGAAAGCAAUGUAUCUGUAGUUUGCCAAGGAUUUGAAAGCAUUGUUAUGAGCCAGAUUAAAUGGGGACUUCAAUUCAAUAUUAAGUUUGCAAGUGCAAUCUACGACAAAGGUGUAGCACUGCCAAACAUUGUUAGUUUCAUUGAUGGUACUAUGCAAGCAAUAUCAAGACCAAGCCAAGGUAAUAAAGUUCAAAAAGCUUUUUACAAUAGUUGGAAGCACAUGCAUGCUUUGAAGUACCAGUCUAUUGUUACUUCUGAUGGGAUCACAAGCAGCUUGCUUGGACCAUAUGUUGGCUCUAGACAUGAUCAGUACAUAUAUACCAUGUCCAAAACAGAAGCAAGAGUGGAAAAAUACUUGGAUAUUGUACCAGAUGUCGAAUUGCCAUUUGCCUUGUACGGCAAUCCAGCUUACAUGGUUUCCAAGUGCCUAUACUCACUAUUUGAAGGCGUAUCUCUUAGUGGUAUAAUAAAAAAAAUUAACAAGAGUAUGUCAAAAGUGCGAGUGGCAGUAGAGUGGGAAUUUGGGGAAGUACAGAAGUACUUUAAGUAUUUCAAGUAUAAGUAUGCCAUGAAAACAGGGGAAACAAGUCCAGCAACUGUGUACAUGCUAUCCACAGUAUUCAAAAAUAUGAUCCACUGUACUGGUCACAAUAGAUUGCCAACAAGUUUAUAUUUUGGUUUAGAGCCACCGACUCUUGAGGAGUAUAUCUCUGGAUUAAGACGUGAUAAAAUAGACAGAGAAGAUGAAGAUGAUAUAUUAUUUUAA